ACUGGAGCUGUGGUUGUGCGAGUGCAGACCAGGUUUUUAUAUGCAUGUGUAGUGACCUAGCCUCUUUAAAUAGUCCUUGAUGCAAAGACUAUUUCCUGCUCUGAAGCUGCACCAUUAAACAGUGAACAUCUGCAGUUGGGGGAGAAAUGAAAACGAGACCGAGGAAGUCAGCAGAUGCGUCUGAACCAAAGAGUAAAGUGCAGAAAAGAACCGAGGAGAGCUCUGGUCCGACUCUAUCCAAAAAACUACGAGACAGAAAAGAUGGAGAAACAUCCAAACAACAAGCAGCAGAGCCUCCUCUCAAGUCUGCAGGAGUCAAGAAGAGAGGAGGCUAUGGGAGCAUUCUGCACUACAUUUACAGGAGCACCCUGGGACAAAGUCUUCACACACAGAUGAGACAGUGUCUGCAGGAACCUUUUGUCCGCUCGCUGUCGUCCUAUCAUUUCCACGGUGCUACGAGCCCCUUCGACCGCAGGGUCACCUGUCUUGAGUGGCAUCCCACUCAUCCCACCACUAUGGCUGUUGGCUCCAAGGGGGGUGACCUCUAUCUGUGGGACUUUGAGGUGCCCAUGAAGAAAAACUUUCUUCAAGGGGGCGGAGCAGGAGACUUUAUCGGAGGGGUGAAAUUUUGCCCGACGGACCUUUCUAAAGUCUAUAUGGCCUCUGGUGCGGGCACGUUGACCCUGCAGAGCUUUGAGGGCCACACACCCACCGUCCUGUCCAGAACUACAGACUGUGGACACGAUAACCACAAUGUUUGUUACUGGUACUGCUGCGUCGAUGUGUCUGUGAGUCGACAGAUGCUUGUGACCGGAGACAACGUGGGCCAGCUUGUACUGCUGGGUUUGGAUGGCCAAAAGAUUUUCAGCGACAAGUUGCAUAAAGCCAAAGUGACCCAUGCAGAGUUCAACCCCCGUUGUGAUUGGUUGCUGGCGACGGCCUCAGUCGACCACACGGUGAAACUUUGGGACCUGAGAAACCUCAAAGACAAGAAGAGCUUCCUCCAUGAGAUGCCUCAUGAGAAAGCGGUCAACUCAGCCCAUUUCAAUCCGUUGGACUGCUCCAAGCUGCUCACCACGGAUCAGUACGACCAGAUUCGGGUCUACUCGUCUCCUGAUUGGUCGAAGCCUCAACACAUCAUCCAACAUCCGCACAGACAGUUUCAGCAUCUCACACCCAUCAAGGCCACAUGGCACCCGGUCUAUGACCUAAUCGUGGCGGGCCGCUACCCUGACGACCGCGUUUGCCCCGGAGAUCAGAGGACCAUCGACAUCUUUGAUUCCAACACCGCAGAGCUCGUGUGUCAGCUGCAAGAUCCCAGUGCUCCAGGGAUCAAAUCUAUCAACAAAUUUAAUUCACUGGGUGACGUGAUUGGAUCUGGAAUGGGUGUGACGGUGCUGGUCUGGGAUAGACAAAAGUCACUGAUCAGUGAUCAGCGGCACAAGUUGGAGGAGGAGGAAACCUCGACCUCUGUGGACACUUUGAGAGGCCAGCGGAGGAGUCGGCAGCGCUCCAGCAGGGACAGGAGAGCUCCUGCUGUGGAUGCAAAGCUCAAGAAGAAACUGGUUUCUCUGGAAGAAUCAGAGACCAAAACCAAGACUAAGACCAAGACUGGCUAUACUAAACAAAAACAAGCACAGACGAGGAAGAAGUAGACUAUGUAAUAGUGUGGCUCUUGUAAAUCCAUGUGUAUAUAUUCCUUUGUUUACUGUUUGUUGUGUCUUUUUAUAAAGUAUUUUUCUGCUGUACUAUAAUAAAAAUUAUCAUGUUUCCUACA